UAAACUGAACUCCAACUUUAUUUUUCCUUUACUCUUGUACUGUCUUAGAUCUCGUUUCUCUCUUCGACUCGUCCACACUUUGUCGUCGUUCCCAAUCGCAGGCCAUAUCGCCGGGGGCAUUCCCGCCGUAUCAUCCUUGCCUCUUACCGAACACUGAAACGGGGAAUUACUCAGGAGAGCUUCGCAAUCCCACUAACAGCUGCUACCCGCGGUUUUGGUUUUUUCGCUAGUAUCAAUCUAUUCUUCAUCCCUGUUGAUCAAGAAUGCAAUUCUUUGGGGGGUCUGAGAUUAGUCCUUCACCUCCUGCUCCGACAGCUUCAGGAAACAAUGGCCAUAUGAUGUAUGUGUUCAAUAGGAAUGGUGUGUGCCUGCUCUAUAGGGAGUGGAAUCGUCCCUUGCGGACAUUGGAUGCCCAGCAAGACCAAAAGUUAAUGUUUGGUCUACUUUUCUCUCUGAAGUCAUUAACUGCCAAGAUGGACCCCACUAGUGCUGUUGAGAAAGGAAACCUUGGUAUGCCACAGUUACCUGGCCAAGGUUGUUCAUUUCACAGUUUCCGCACUAAUACGUACAAACUUAGUUUCAUGGAAAGUCCUUCUGGAAUAAAGAUCAUCUUGGUGACUCAUCCUAGAACUGGUGAUCUACGGGAAUCCUUAAAGUAUAUCUACAAUUUGUAUGUUGAAUAUGUUGUCAAGAAUCCGCUCUAUACACCUGGAUCUCCUAUUAGGUGUGAGCUGUUCAAUACAACGUUGGACCAGUAUGUGAGAGGCAUUUCAUAGAUGCUGAGUUGUUUCCAAUCAAUAGUGUGGUUUUUACGCCUUGUUUUGCAUGGUGUAUGUGAGAGGCAUUGCAUAGAAGCCGAGUUGUUUCCAUUCAACACUAUUGAUGACUUGUGUGGUGUAACGCCUUGUUUGUCAUGGUGGUCACUACAUUGUUGUUAGUCAGAAACUUUUAGGGAGUUUUCUUAAGCUUGAGCUGUACCUUUUUUGUUACAGAUAACACUAGUGAUACUCCAUUUUAAUUGAAUCCUACAAUUUAUGUUGCCCUGUAUUUCUCUUCCAAUAUAUAUAAUAAACUGAAGAUGCUUAAAGUUAAGAUUCAUAAA